AUUGCGCCACGUGGACGAUAAUCCACCACCGAUCCACUGCAAAAUAUCACUAAGUUCCCUCGCUGGCUUCAGUUUCGUAAUUCAUUUUUCAAUCUAAAUCUUUCAACAAUCUCUGAACACAUCAUCAAUGGGGAAAGACGAUAAUCCGAGUCCAGGUGAAACUGGAGCGGCGGCGGAGACGGAUCCGGCAAGGGAAUGCGAGGGAAAAGGAGCUUGUGAAUUCAAACAGACUCGUUUCGCUGAUACAAUCAUGCCUCAUAUCCUCAACUUGUACGGGUCAUGUGCAAAAGCAAACGAUUUUGACAUGUACGCGCCAAAUGCUUCGUUUGAGGACCCUUUAACACAUGCUCAAGGGGUUAAGCAAAUCAAAUCAGCAUUUUACUCACUCUCUAAGUUUUUUGGUGAGUCGAAGAUUGUUGAAUACCACGUUCAAGAAAGUGAUAUUGCCCCGGGGAGAAAAGAGAUACUAAUAGACAACAAACAACACUACAAGAUCAUGGGAAAGGACAUAGAUAUGAUCUCUCUCAUCAAACUCUCUGUCGAAAAUGGGAAGAUCGUCCGACACGAAGACUGGUGGGACAAGAAACCUCUGAGGAACAGAGACACGGUUAGCUUCCCAUUAGUCGGUCGGUUUAUGGAGAUGGGUCGAAGAGGCAUGAUGCUAGCUACUCAUGCCAUGAUGGGUUUUGGUAAAGAUCCUGACUCACACUGAAUAAAGAUGAAUCAUGGGUUCAGGAAAAAAAACAGUAUAUUAUAGUGUCUAGGCUCUUCGAAACACUACUUAGCUUUUGAGGAACUUCUUCUAUCAGUUUGGUUUGGUUUUAAGUUUGUAAUAUGUUAAACGUGUGGUUUGUUAUAAAGUCACCAAAAUUCUCCACAA